AUGACGCUCCAACCACUGACUCCAGUGAACUGUGGUGGUCUUCUGCAGCCCGGCUGCUCUAUGCUGCAGCUGGACGGGGAAGUUCUCCUGUUUGGCCAGAAGGGGUGGCCCAAGCGCUCAUGUCCAACAGGGGUGUUUGGGGUUCGACUCAAACAUGGUGAGAUGAAGCUGAGGGCCAUCUCCUUCUCCAAUGACUCCUGUUACCUUCCUCCAUUGCGUUGUCCAGCCGUCUGCCGUCUCGACCCUUAUGAUGGGCUUCCUGAGAGCUACCUCAUCCAUGGGGGCCGUACACCAAACAAUGAGAUCUCUUCCAGCCUUUAUGUGUUGACCAUGGAUAGCCGUGGCUGCAAUCGCAAGCUGACCCUGUGCUGCAAAGAGAAAGAGCUGGUCGGAGAAGUGCCAGUAGGCAGAUAUGGCCACACUAUGAGCAUGGUUCAGAGCCAUGGAAAGACAGCCUGUGUGCUUUUUGGCGGUCGAUCCUACAUGCCAGCAGGAGAGCGGACCACUGAGAACUGGAACAGCGUCGUUGACUGUCCUCCUGAGGUGUUUCUUUUUGACUUGGAGUUUGGUUGUUCCUCUGUUCACUCUCUACCUGAGCUAUGCAACGGAUUGUCCUUUCAUUUGGCCUUUUCCAGAGAGGACUGUGUCUACUUCCUUGGCGGUCACUCUAUUUCAUCUGAUUCCCGCCCUCCUCGACUCUUCCGCCUGCAUGUUGAACUUCUGCAAGGCAGUCCUUUGCUUUCCUGUGAGACUCUAGACACAGGCAUAUCCAUCUCUAGUGCCAUAAUCACUCGCACAGGUCCUUCUCACAGAUAUAUCAUCUUGGGUGGGUAUCAGUCAGACUCUCAGAAGAGGAUGCAGUGCAGCAUGGUUACUCUGGAUGAAAAAGGGAUUCACUUGGAGCCCUUGGAGUCACCUAAGUGGACCCAAGAUAUUGUCCAAAGUCGCACUUGGUUUGGUGGCGGAGCUGGUGAGGGAAAGAUGCUGUUUGCUGUACCAACAGAGGGAAGGUCAUCUCAGCCUGAUGCACAUUAUUUCUAUCAUGUGAGCUUUGAAACUGAAGGAGAAGACAAAGGGGAAGAAGGAACGCAAGGAUGCAGCCAGGAGUCGACAGAUUAUGACGAGUCCCCUCCUCUUGAAGACUCAGAGGAGCUCUACUUUGGUCGUGAGCCUCAUGAACUGGAGGACAGCAGUGAUGGGGAAGAAGAUACCUACAAUGAGGACGAUGAGGAGGAUGAAUCACAAACAGGCUACUGGAUCAAAUGCAGUCUCGAAUGUCAUGUGGAUCCCAACACAUGGGAACCGUACUACUCCACUGAGCUCCAUAGGCCGGCAAUGAUCUUCUGUUCCAGAGGGGAGGGGGGACACUGGGUCCACGCCCAGUGCAUGGAGCUGUCUGAGACACUGCUGCUUAAGCUUUCUCAGGGUGGCAAAAAGUACUUCUGUCUGGAUCAUGGGGGUCUGCCCUACCAGGAAAUGACCCCACCACGACAAAUAACGCCUUUGAAGCGGACCCCCAUGAAGGUUAAGGACAGGAAGACUCCAACAAUGAAGAUAUCCCCGGUCAAGAAAAGCUUUUUCCGCAGGCUCUUUAACUGA